CUCGCUGUCGGGCCAGCUGGGAUCCCGGGUCCUUUCCUAACAGCCCCAUGUCCCUGCGGCCGCCCCCGCCGCCCGCCGGCGCCCGUGACCCGGUGGCUCCGGAGGGCCGUCUGGGGCCCGUGACCCCGGAGCACUGGGCAUCCGGACCCCCCUCGGAGGCGCAGCCGCUAUUAAGGCAGGAGGCUAAAGGGGAGGAGGAGGAAGGGGAGGAGACAGGCGUCCAGGGCGCCUCUGGAACCGGCACGGCGGAGCAGCGGCGCAGGGGUUGGGGGGAGGCUGCUGAGGCGGCUGGAGCCGAGGAGGGCCAGGUGGAGGCCGGGGGCACCGCGGCGGCGGGGUCAGGCUCCCCGGCGGGAGGCGCGAGCGGCGACCUCGGGGACUGGCGGCGGCUCGUCGCCUGGCUGCGGCGGCGGCAGCCCCAGUGCUGCCCCUGUGCGGCGCCCCUUCCCCGCUCCGCCGCGCACUGUUGUCAUGGAGGAACCAAGAUGGCGGCUCUGGCCUACAACCUGGGCAAGCGGGAGAUCAACCACUACUUCAGCGUGAGGAGCGCCAAGGUGCUGGCGCUGGUGGCCGUGCUGCUGCUCGCAGUGUGCCACCUCGCCUCCCGCCGCUACCGAGGCAACGAUUCAUGUGAAUACCUUCUUUCAAGUGGCAGAUUUCUUGGAGAGAAAGUUUGGCAACCUCAUAGUUGUAUGAUGCAUAAAUACAAAAUCAGUGAGGCAAAGAACUGCCUUGUAGAUAAACAUAUUGCAUUUAUUGGAGAUUCCAGGAUCCGUCAAUUGUUUUAUUCUUUUGUAAAACUAAUUAAUCCCCAAUUCAAAGAAGAAGGAAAUAAGCAUGAAAACAUUCCUUUUGAAGACAAGAUUGCAUCAGUGAAAGUGGAUUUUCUGUGGCAUCCAGAAGUUAAUGGUUCUAUGAAACAGUGUAUCAAGGUGUGGACUGAGGAUUCUGUUGCAAAGCCCCAUGUGAUUGUAGCAGGAGCUGCCACAUGGUCUAUCAAGAUCCACAAUGGCAGCAGCGAUGCGCUCUCCCAGUACAGAGCGAACAUCACCUCCAUAGCCCCGCUUCUAGAAAGACUGGCGAAGACUAGUGAUGUUUAUUGGGUCUUACAAGAUCCUGUUUAUGAAGAUCUAUUAAGUGAAAAUAGGAAAAUGAUCACUAAUGAGAAGAUAGAUGCCUACAAUGAAGCUGCAGUCAGUAUUUUGAAUAGUAGCACGAGAAAUUCCAAAUCAAAUGUUAAGAUGUUCAGUGUUUCCAAAUUAAUUGCUCAAGAAACCAUCAUGGAAUCUUUGGAUGGCUUACAUCUUCCAGAAUCAAGCAGAGAAACUAGUGCAAUGAUUCUCAUGAACGUGUAUUGCAAUAAGAUUUUGAAGCCUGUAGAUGGUUCCUGUUGUCAACCUCGGCCUCCUCUCACUCUCAUACAGAAGCUAGCCGCUUGCUUUUUCACUGUAUCUAUUAUCGGAUAUUUAAUUUUUUAUGUAAUACAUCGUAACACCCAUCGGAAGAACAAGUCAUGUACUGAUUUGGAAAGUGGAGAGGAAAAGAAAAAUAUUAUCAAUACCCCUGUGUCUCAAUUAGAAAUACUUUUACAGUCUUUCUGCAAACUUGGCCUGAUUAUGGCUUAUUUCUAUAUGUGUGACCGUGCGAAUCUAUUUAUGAAGGAAAACAAAUUUUAUACACAUUCAACUUUUUUUAUUCCAAUUAUCUACAUCUUGGUUUUGGGAGUAUUUUACAAUGAAAAUACUAAAGAGACUAAAGUAUUAAAUAGAGAACAAACAGAUGAAUGGAAAGGAUGGAUGCAACUUGUGAUUUUGAUUUAUCAUAUCUCUGGAGCAAGUACAUUUUUGCCCGUGUACAUGCACAUUCGGGUUCUGGUUGCUGCAUAUCUAUUUCAGACGGGUUAUGGGCAUUUCUCAUAUUUUUGGAUCAAAGGAGACUUUGGGAUCCAUAGAGUAUGUCAGGUCUUAUUCCGUCUCAAUUUCCUGGUAGUGGUGUUAUGUAUAGUAAUGGAUCGGCCUUAUCAAUUCUAUUACUUUGUCCCCUUGGUCACUGUAUGGUUCAUGGUCAUAUAUGUUACUUUAGCACUAUGGCCUCAAAUAAUCCAAAAAAAAGCAAACGGUAAAUAUACUCUCUUACUAAUGUUAAUGUAUUCUUUCAAUGUGCUAAAUUUCUUUUUAGUUGCUAAAGGCUAUUAUUUUUAUUGA